AUGAAAACAAAGAGCCUGUAUGAGGGUACCGGAGGGACACUUAUUACCUUUGGGAUUAUAAGCAUUUUCUCUGGAAUUUUUGCUUUCUUUCCUGUUUUUUCUUAUAAGCCUUGGUUUGCUGGCUGGAGCGUUCGAAUCGCCUGUCCCAUCUGGAAUGGAACUUUGGUAGGCCACAACAAAAAUGUUAGCAGGGAAAAGGCUGUUAUUGCUGGUGUACUUAUCCUUUUGGCUGACAGAGGACAAACACAAAGAUCACUUUGGGAAGCUAGUUUCACCUUUGGCAUAUUGAGCAUCAUGGGCUCCCCAAUUCAAUUUGCUGUUGCAAUUGUCUCCAUCCUGCUUGGUCCAUACUGCUACUAUUCAUUUGCUGGGAUUGCAGGGACUAACUAUCUCGGUUAUGCAGUUUUGUUCCCUUUUCCCUACGAGGAAUUUAUGUCUCUUUGCAAGGACCCACUGCACUACGAGUGGUACCAUCUGAUUCUACAAAUUCUAGACCUUUGCUCAAGUUUUGUCAUGUUUUGUGCUUCUUUGGCUAUUGUGAUCAAGCUCACUGCAAGACUGCUCCAAUUUGGACAUUUAAAUGUGAGUAUUAAUCAUUAUGGGGAAGGUGGAUUACUGCCAGUAACACAGUAGCUGUGACUACCAACUUCCCUUUACUUAGUGGAAUGUCAAACCUGCUCAAGGGUAGGCCAGAUCCUGAACUCACUCACACCAGAUUUACACUUCAAUAACUCAACUGAAGAAAACAGAACUAUUCCAGAUUUAUACCCAUUCAAAUGAGAUAAAUAUGUGGCCCUGUGUAUCCUUUGUGCCCUCAUACUAUUUCAGCUAAACAGGAUAUUCCUUUAGCAUAUGCAACAAGGGCCUGUGAUAUUAGGACCUGAUCCAACACCCCCUGAAAUCAAGUGGAGCUUUUUCUUUGACUUCAAUGGGAGUCAAACCCUUGGAGCAGAAGCUCUUGAAUUCGCUCCUCCUUUACCACUGUGAAAUUCUGACUGGCUACAGUGUGGGGUAUGGUUAAAAGCUAUGCAGGCACAGACAUGUUACCUCAACAGCAAGGCAAGGUGUCAAAAAUCAUCAUCAUUAAAGGUGUGUGAUCCCUACUCUGUGCGCAGAUUUAUCAGGUACUGUCUCUGAAAAAGCAUGGGAAGACUCAAGGCUAACGUACAGGCAGCACUAGGAGUCAAGGCCAAACUUCUUGGCAGUUAGGAGCUGUCAAGGCUCAAUCCCCACUCUGUCACUCUGAGUGCAGAAAGUGGGGGCCCACAAAGAUUCUAAAAAUUAAUACUUGCCACUCCAGGCUUGUAUUAAACUCCCAAGAUUACACUUUUCUCUGACCUUGGCUUGGUAAACGCUGCCACCACCCAAAUGCAAAAAAAAACCCAACCCUUGGACCCAGGAAGGAGCACUUGCGAAUCCUCCCUGUGGGGUACCCUAGAGCCCUUUCACCCCCACCCCUCCAGGGAAGAGCUGAGAAAAAAAACAAAAUUAACUGUUGCCCCAAGCUAAUCAAACAGCAUAUGCACAAUCCUGUUCUUAAAAAAACUAAAUUUCAUUAAAAACAAAAAGAAAGAAAAUACAUCUGGAACUUAGGCUUUUGCUAGAUUUUAAAAGAGCAAUUCCAAAAAUCAUGCACCCAAAAUAGCUUUCUUGGGGCUUCAGCUUAAAGGUUACAAGCAAACAAAAGCAUCUGGGGUUAGCACAGAGGAGAUCCAUAAGCCAAAAUAAAAAAUAAACCUGAUUGUGUCUAACUAAAAAUUCCCUAUCCAAAUAAUUUCUUCUAGGUAUGGAAGAUGAAUUUUCAUACCUGGUUCAUGCCUUACACAGCAUUCCUGCUCCGUGUCUACUUCUCUGGAGAACAACAGACAAAGGGAAAGUUUCUUUCCCAAUUUUAAAAAGUUCUACCCUUCCCCUUGGCUCUUUUGGUCAGGGUGCCCACUCCUUUUCUUUUACCUGUGGGCUUGUUAACCCUUUCCAGGUAAAGCAAGCAGAGAACAGACACCAAGAGGCAUUUUACAGCUAGCUGGGUGUUCAUAAACAGGGGCUACCUGCCCCUUCAUUUAUCACAGGAGCCAUACCAAAAUCCUACCCACACCUAUCAACUGUCUCCCCCAUGUGGCACACCACUUAUUUCAAACCCAGAUUUACCUCUGUUCCACUCAGAUCUGGAAUUAUCUCACCAUUGGUUCAGUUACAUGAUUAACAUUAGAAAGUAUAGCAAACUUUAUGGUAAUGAAAAGAAGCCCACAUUGUUUCAAGCCUCCUCGAUUGUUGUUUUUUCCUGUAACUGUCACUUGGAGCCAAUCCCGCAUCCAAUGAAAUAAUGGCAAAAUUCCUGUUGAUUUCAGUGGGUGCAGGAUUGGGUCCCUUUUGGACAUUUGAAAAUCCAGGGUAAUCAAAAAUGAUCACUGCUUACACCACUAUAUGACUCCAGCACACCAUGAUUCAUUGGCAACAGACCUCUCUCAUCUUUGUCUAAAGUAGAUUGUAAACUACUUGAGGCAGGUGUGACACUGCACCCCAUAUUCUUCAUAGUGAUAUUAUUAUUAUAUGAUUAUAGCAUAAUUAUGGUGUAUUUUAUGCAAGAUAAAUCACGUGAGGUAUCAUUGAAAAGGUUAUGAUUUGCUGAAUAUGAUUAUCCUAUUUGUAUGCAUGUUUCAUUUUUGUAUCUGAAGUUAUAAAUACUUACUCUGUAUCUGUAUUUCAAAUGUAGUUACAUCUAGGUAAUGCCCACUAGACAAGAUGCCUUCAGUCUAAAUAGGAGUGGGAAAGGGCUUAUUCACGAUAAAGGGCAUUAGGAAAAACAAUAGGCCUUAGGAGAAGCUUAUCCCAGUGGUAAGCCUUCCUCAGAACCUCCUGUAAGUAAUGGCUGCUAUUGACUCUACAAGGACGUGUGACCACAUGAUUCUGGACUCCAUCUUAGGAUGUCAGUAUUUUUCCACAAACUGGUCUGGGAACCAAGCUUUGAAACAAAGGGUUCCCACCAUAUGCUAAAGCUAUAUAAGGCAGGGGAGUGACAUCAUUUGGGGUUCUUCAUUCCCCACACAAGAAGACUCCUGGAAACACCUGAGGAACAAAGACUGAACUGGGGGAAGUGCUGGACCCAGGGAAAAGGGAUUUCUAGUCUGUGCACAAAAGACCUGGGGAUUCCAAGCUGUAAAACAAGUGUAGCUUGUGCCUUAAGAAUCUACAAGUCCACCUGUCCCAUCAGUUAGGGUGAGAAUCUACUAUUCAUAUCCAAUCUAUCUAGUAUAUUAAGCUUAGUUUGUGUUUUUUGUUUAUUUGCUAGGUAAUCUACUUUGAUCUGUUUGCUAUUACUUAUGAUCACUUAAAAUCUAUCUUUGGUAGUUAAUAAACUUUUUUUGUUUCAAUCUAAACCAGUGAGCUUUGACUGGAGUGCUUGGGAAAAAUCUCCGAUUGGUUAUCGCAAGUGUGCAUUGUCCUCUUCACAUUGAGGGAGAGGCGGACCGAGUAUU